UGUCGAUACAUUUCCCUUACAGCUUAAUAGAAAUGGACGAUUCACAAAGGAACCUAUUUUCCGUUAACUAUGAUUUGAUUCGAGAGUAUUCCAGUGAAACGUUCUGUAGGUUGUGUUUCUCGCAAAUCCACGAGCUACAUCGGGUUUUUCCUACGAAUGGACAACCCAAUAAGCUACUGGUGAAGAAAAUUGAAUAUUGUACCGAUAUCGGUAUCACGUUCGGAAAGGAUAGCAACGCGUGCAUCUGCACAAAAUGUAUCGCUUUGGUUGAGGAGUUUUUCCGUUUCAAACAACUGUGCAGUUCCAAUGAACGGUGGCUAAAGGUAGAUUUCAAUGACAACCACGUGGCACCUGUCGGCAGGUCUGAAACAGUGACCGGCCAAGCUCAGCUGAAUAGUUCCAACAGAAGUUGCUCAUUACUUACCAUCGAUACCGACGAUGUAGAUGGGCUUCUGAACGAUGAGACAGCACAAGAGAACAUUUCUCUGGGUGAAACAUUAUUAAAAUUGGAAGAUUCAAUCGAAGAGACACGUAUUUCAAACAAUGACACCCAUGAGGUUACUAGCAGUGGCCACUGCAUGCGAGCCAGAAAAUCAACUACGAGAAUAGUACCUACAAUUCCUGCUAACUCAAUGACCAGAAUUCCUAUCAAAUUGGAUAGUGAAUCCGACGCAGAUGCAACUAGAACCGAUUCUUGUGAUAGCCGCGAGUUUUCACCAGUCGUUGAACAUGCUGAAAACGGUAAUGGCACCUGUGGAUUUAGUAUAGUUCGCGGUUCCAAAAGCCGCAGCAACAGGCUCUACUUGGUAUACCAAAGCCACCGGUAUAGCAAUCCCAGCAGUGAUGGAAAAAUUUGGCGCUGUACUCAUAGGGCUCCCAUCUACUGCAGAGCGGUGGUUAUGCUCGAAAAGAACCGUAUCAUAGAGUUGAAUAACCAUUUUCACAAUCAUCCUCCCCCAAACAUGUCACGGAAGAAAAAGAAGACGGUCAACUCGGAACCUCCUAGUCCGAAUUUGAGUAACAACGUAAAAAUAUCGCUGGUCUUGAAGAAGGAGAAAGAGUCCCGCCGAAGACCGAGCAGAUCGUGCAAUCAAACCUCGAAGCAAGGUGAAGGAUGGUUUAUCAAAGCCAACCGGAAAACGGUAGAUGGAUUUACGUACACAUUUUGCGGUCUCAGAAAGGAUGGCAUCAUUCGUCUGAAGUGCAUUACCAAGGGUUGUGCUGGUCGAGUUUACAUGUACAGUAACGGUGAGCUGUUCAGAGCUAAUAAGGAUCACACGCAUCCACCACAUGUUGCUGCGUGAAAAAGAAGUUCCUCUUUUAUUUU